GGGUGGGAAGGAGGACCGGCCAACCCGGGAGUGUGGGACCGAGAGUGCGUGUGUGGUGUGUCCACAAGAGAAGGAAGGUGGCGAAGGGAGGAGAGCUCGAGUGGGUGGAGGGAGGGGAAGGGCGGGAGGAGAAAAAGGUGGGAGGAGGACAAGGUGGGAGGGUGGCGACUCACUCAGGACCCAGCGGGGGCAGCGCGAUGAGGCGGGUGACCCUGUUCCUUAAUGGCAGCCCCAAGAAUGGAAAGGUGGUUGCUGUUUAUGGAACUUUAUCUGAUUUGCUUUCUGUGGCAAGCAGUAAACUUGGCAUAAAAGCCACCAGUGUGUAUAAUGGAAAAGGUGGACUGAUUGAUGAUAUUGCUUUGAUCAGGGAUGAUGAUGUUUUAUUUGUGUGUGAAGGAGAGCCAUUUAUUGAUCCUCAGACAGAUUCUAAACCACCCGAAGGAUUAUCAGGAUUGCACACUGACUGGCUAACGUUAAAUGUUGGAGGACGGUACUUUACAACUACAAGGAGCACUUUAGUGAAUAAAGAACCUGACAGUAUGCUGGCCCACAUGUUUAAGGAUAGAGGUGUCUGGGGAAAUAAGCAAGAUCAUAGAGGAGCUUUCUUAAUUGACCGCAGUCCUGAGUAUUUUGAACCCAUUUUGAACUACUUGCGUCAUGGACAGCUCAUUGUAAAUGAUGGCAUUAACUUACUAGGUGUGCUAGAAGAAGCCAGAUUUUUUGGUAUUGACUCAUUGAUUGAACACCUAGAAGUAGCAAUAAAGAACUCUCAGCCACCAGAAGAUCAUUCACCAAUCUCCCGAAAAGAGUUUGUUCGAUUUCUGCUAGCAACUCCAACCAAGUCAGAAUUGCGUUGCCAGGGUUUAAACUUCAGUGGUGCUGAUCUUUCUCGUUUGGACCUUCGAUACAUUAACUUCAAAAUGGCCAAUUUAAGCCGCUGCAACCUAGCACAUGCAAAUCUCUGCUGUGCAAAUCUUGAACGAGCUGAUCUUUCUGGAUCAGUGCUUGACUGUGCAAAUCUCCAGGGAGUCAAGAUGCUCUGUUCUAAUGCAGAAGGAGCAUCCCUGAAAUUAUGUAAUUUUGAGGAUCCUUCUGGUCUUAAAGCCAAUUUGGAAGGUGCUAAUCUGAAAGGUGUGGAUAUGGAAGGAAGUCAAAUGACAGGAAUAAACCUGAGAGUUGCUACCUUAAAAAACGCAAAGUUGAAGAACUGUAACCUCAGAGGAGCAACUUUGGCAGGAACUGAUUUAGAGAAUUGUGAUCUGUCUGGAUGUGAUCUUCAAGAAGCCAACCUGAGAGGUUCCAACGUGAAGGGAGCUAUAUUCGAAGAGAUGCUGACACCUCUACAUAUGUCACAGAGUGUCAGAUGAGGAUUUCAGGGGCUGGAGGAAGAUGUCCAAAUGAAAAAUGUUUGCUUUAUCACUUUUCCUUCUCCACCCACUCAGUUGUCUAGAAGAAAUAACACUGUAAGGGAAUUUGAAAAAAAAAAAAAAGGAUUUAGAGGUUUAUGCUUGAUCUCAGUGGUGCAUAAGGGGGAAAAAUGACUUUUCCCCCCCCACAUUCUGAUUUUAACAGAAGAGCACUCAUUUAAUAGAUAUAGGGAAAUUAGAUUGUAUUGCUGCCUUUUGACGAGGGUAGGGGGAUCGGCCUGGUUUAAUGACUAGGAAUAGUAUAUGCUAUAUUUGCUUUUAUUAGGCAUAAUAUGGAAGUACAUCUUGGUCUGAGAUGCAUUUGAGGAUUUUAAUUUAUGAAAAGCACAACAUAUGCAAUUAUAUUUAUUGAAUACAUAGAUGCAGUAUGGAUAUUUAAAUUGUUAAAUUUUAUGGAAACUUUGAAAAAGUUGUUCAGGUUUAUAAAUAGCUUUAGUGAUGCCUCCCCUCUCUAAAUACCUGUCAACCUUACCAAUAUGGUGAGAUCAGACUUCCUAAGGCUUUCUUUUCAGGUUUUUAAAUAAUGUUUACUUUUUAGAACAAAACAGUAGCUAAAUUAAAGAAAUAUCCAGUUCUUACUGAUUGAGACAGUGGGAAAAAAGACAUCACUGUACAUCAUUGUCGUGCUGGAAGUGCCGUGGAACUCUUCAGAUGGAGGAAGAAUUUACCUGUAGCUCCAACUUUUAAGGAAGAAUUUCUGAGAAUUUCAUUCUAGCCAAGUUCCACUCAAUAUUGGACCAGGCGGUUCCAUCUUUUUACACUCUAGGCUAGUUUUCUCAUAUACAAUCAACCCAAUCAUAGCAAAACACUUCAAACCCAAAAAACCAAGUUGCAGCAUUAAUAUUAAUUUAAUUCAAAUGCCAAAUCGUUUGCACAGGACUAGCUUAGAAAUUGAUGUUAAAUCCAAAUCCAUUGUAAUCAAAGGUGUAAAAUAUGAAGGAAUAUGGUAGUCACCUUUUAGAAGACAGCAUAAUUGCAGGGAAGUGAAGAAUUUUCAACUGACAGUUUUAUUACUGCUACAGGGCAGGAGGAAUGAAUGAGUACAAAGAAAGGCACUUGGCUGGUCUGAAAUGUAAUACCAGGCAUCAGUCAGCACCUGUGGCUCUUACAUUUUGUUCAGUUGGCUGGUUUUGCUGUUGCUGUUGUCUGUUUCAUUUUUUUUUUUUAAUCAAAUUUUAGUCCAAAAUUCUGAGUCAUUAUCUCUUCAGAAGCAGAGAUAUGGCCCAUUACUGUCCUUCCAAUAAUCUGGUGUCUUUGUUUCCCCCCUAAGAGCAGGGAUCUAAGUUGUGUACAUAUGGGCUCUGAAUUCUCCAGGCUCAUCAACUCGAGGCAAGGACUCAUUAAAAAUGACUUCUGUCUCCUUUGGGAGAAUGACAUAUCUUCAGUAUUUACGUAGCUUAUUCUUCUAUAUCUACAUAUGCAAAGCUUUCCUUAACAGUAAAGGGUACAUAUGCAUAGUGGGUAGAGACUGGACCUUUACCGAUGAAGGAAAGCCACUUCAGAAAUGAAUUAUUUUCUUUGCUUUAUUCUUUUUACCAAGACAGAGAAGUAUUGUAUUGAGAGAUAUCUAUUUUCAUAAUCAAUAUGUGCCUAAAUUAUAUUUAAAUCAUUUCACUCUGUACUAUAUUUUCAAUAAUUAUAGAAUGUGUUGUUCAUUCACAUAAAGGUACCUCUGUAGACAUAACCUAAAACUGCAGGAGGAUCUGAUGCAUCUAGACAUGGUGUGCUUAGAACUGCAGAUUUCAGAUCCAGUGUAUACUGCAUUAAUAAAUGAUAUGAAAUGUUGAAAA